AUGCGCCAUAAGAACUUUCACGUUUUUGCGAACAUGAAUCCACCCACCGACGUUGGUAAAAAAGAUUUGCCCCCGUCUUUGCGCUCGCGGUUCGUUGAGUACUACGUGAGCGAGCCGUUUAACCGGAACGACAUUAGCAUUGUGGUGAAAGAAUACAUCGGCUUCCUCACGGCAGACGCAAAGGUAGAUGAGAUUACGGACUUUUUUCUCGACUGCGUGAGCAAUGCGAAAACGAAGCUCUGUUCCUUGGACGGUGAAUCGAAAGCACCAUCAUUUAGUCUGCGCACGCUUACACGCGCUCUCUCCUAUGUGCGCCGCGCCACGCCGCUCUACGGCUUCACGAUUGCCUUGUUUGACGGUCUACUUCUUGGGUUUGCGACCCCCCUUCAACGCCAGUUUCACGUGGUCGUGGAGCAGCUCAUUGUGAAGAACAUCUUCCGCGGCAAGCGUCCCAGCUCACCCACCCUACCGGCCAUCCCGAAGAACGGAACAUUUAUUGCAUACGAGCACAUGUGGAUUCCUGCUGGCACUGAGUCCCUGUACUGCGAUGAGGCGUUCAUCAUCACCGACAGUGUGAAGGACCACCUGAAAAAUCUCAGCCGCGCAGUAUUUGCAAAUUACCCGGUUCUGCUCGAGGGCCCCACAUCGUCAGGCAAGAGUUCCAUGGUGAAGUAUCUGGCAGAGCUGACUGGCAACAAGUUUGUGCGUAUCAACAACCACGACAGCACCGAGAUUCAGGAGUACCUGGGCCACUACAUCACUGAUGAGCUCGGAAAGCUGCGCUAUGUUGACGGCAUUCUUGUGAACGCUGUUCGCCACGGCUACUGGGUGGUGCUGGAUGAACUGAACCUUGCGCCGACCGACGUGCUCGAAGCACUUAACCGUCUUCUAGAUGACAACUGCGAACUGUUUGUUCCUGACACACAAGAAACAAUCAAGCCUCACCCGCAGCUUCGCAUCUUUGCGACACAGAAUCCUGCAGGGAUUUACAGUGGCCGAAAGAUGCUCUCUCGCGCCUUUCGAAACCGCUUUCUCGAAAUUACUGUGGACGAGAUUCCAACGACGGAGAUCAGCACUAUUUUGUGUCACCGUUACUCGCUUCCCCAGAGUUUUGCCGAUAAAAUGGUAGAGGUGAUGACAGCACUGCAAAUCCAUCGUCAGAACUCGCAGAUCUUUGCCGGUCGUCAUGGCUUCAUCACGCCUCGUGAUUUAUUUCGGUGGGCGGAGCGGCGGCCGGUAACGUAUCAGCAGCUAGCGGAACACGGCUUUCUGCUUUUGGGAGAGCGGUGCCGCAAGUCAAGCGAGCGUCAGAUCGUGCGAGAUGUCAUCGAGUCAGUGAUCAAGACGGACCUGAGGGACAACUUCAUUUAUCGCCCAUCGCACUGGCCGUUUGUGCAGCAGUACUUUACUCAGAUUGAGGGCGGUGCCAUUGAUGAGUUCAGAAUCGUCUGGACGGAGUCGAUGCAGCGCCUAUUCACGAUUGUGGGUGUUUGCCUGGAGCACAGGGAGCCAGUCCUGCUCGUUGGUGAAACUGGGAGCAGUAAGACCACAGUAUGCCAGCUGUGGGCGGCACUGCUUGGCAUCCCGCUCCACAUCCUGAACUGCCACCAGCACACAGAAGCAGCGGACUUUCUCGGCAGUCUGCGACCCUGUCCACCAGAUCGGCGCGAUCAGGCGCUGUUUGAGUGGCGCAACGGCCCGCUAGUACAGAGCAUGCUUGACGGUGACAUGUUUGUGCUUGAUGAGAUUUCGCUCACGGAGGACAGCGUUUUGGAGCGACUAAACAGCGUGCUGGAGCCAUCGCGCAGCGUGACAUUGGCAGAGAAGAGCAGCGCCGACUACAUCGUGGCGCAUGAGCGGUUCCUCGUCAUGGCAACCAUGAAUCCUGGUGGUGAUUUUGGCAAGAAGGAGUUGUCGCCUGCCCUCCGCAAUCGCUUCACGGAGAUCUACGUCCGCCCCACUACGGACGUAACGGAGGUGGCCAUGAUUCUCUCGCGUCGCCUGAAGGCGGAGCUGGCUCUGUGGGCCCCUCACAUGGCGACAGUUCUCUGCAACGUCUCGCAGUUGACUCCUACAUCGGGAUCACCACAGCACAUCAGUAUCCGUGACAUCAUCAGCUGGGUAUCUUUCAUGAAUGCCGCCCAUGGCCGAUGCCCGCCAGAGGUCGCCUUUCUACAGGGACUCGACGCUGUCAUUCUCGAUGGCAUCGGGGUUGGCACCGGGCAGUCGGAGGCGUCGUGCGCGGUGGUGAAGCGCAGCUGCACGCGGCAGGCUCUGCAGGUGUUGCAACAGUCCGGGAGCGCGCCGGUGGACUUCAAAGCUCUGCUUGCGAAGCCUUUCUGGGAGGUGUAUGAGAGCAUGACCGAGCCGCAGCUGCCGCCAUCUAUGAGGAGUCGUUUCUUCUUUGGCGCCCCGGCCACGCGACGUAAUUUGUCCAAGCUGAUGCGGGCGAGCCUCGUCAAAAAGGCAGUUCUCCUGGAGGGUAGUCCUGGAGUUGGCAAAACCAGCAUCGUGGAGGCGCUCGGCUGCGCGCUGGGUCGGUCGGUGGUGCGCAUUAACUUGAGCGAGCAGACGGACAUCAUGGACCUCUUUGGUACCUAUCUGCCGAGUCCUGGUGGUGUCGCUGAACAGGGGGAGGCCGCGGGUGCGGCAGAGGGAAAGGAGUCGUUCGCGACGGUAGAAGAUGAACUUGAGCGGCAGCAGCUACGCGACGAGCGAAGUCGUGUGAAGGGCCCGCAAUUCGCAUGGUCGGACGGCGUUCUUUUGCGCUCCCUGAAGGAGGGCUCGUGGGUGAUUCUAGACGAGCUCAACCUGGCGAGUCAGUCGGUGCUGGAGGGCCUGAACGCCUUGCUCGACCACCGCUCCACAGUAUUUAUCCCUGAACUGAACGAGGAGUUUCACGCGCACGCGGACUUUCGUGUGUUCGCAUGCCAAAACCCGCUGCUGGAGGGUGGCGGCCGAAAAGGCCUGCCUGGCAGCUUCAUCAAUCGCUUCAUCAAGGUUCACGUCGAACCAUUCGAGAUGAGCGACCUGAUUGUGAUUGCUCAAGCAGUUUGCCCCGACAUCGAAGAGGCGACGCUGCGGCGCAUGGUUGACUUUGUGGGCCAACUGCAGCACGACACGAUGGUACGCCGAGCUUACGGCUUGCGGGGGAGCCCAUGGGAGUUCAACCUGCGCGAUGUGCUGCGCUGGGCGAAACUUCUGCAGUCGUACGAGGCGCGUCAGCGACCGACAUCGUUUGCCGACAUGCUUUUUCUUCAGCGCAUGCGCACCGACGAGGACGCGGCGCGUUGCCGCCUGGUGCUCGAGUCGUGCUUCUCCAAGGCAGAGGUGGAAAGAGACGUGGGAGAUGGGUGCGACUCUGACUUCCUUAUUCAUGACGGUGCCGUGUAUUUUGCUCAUCAGCUACUCACUCGGCGCGAAACGGCCGCCAUCAGUGCCUCAGACGCACAGGAACUCAGCUCGUUGAUGCUCCUUCCUUCACAGGCGCAUCUUAUCAAGUCAUUGCUUGUGUGCGUUGAGCAGAAUCAGUUUGCCUUGCUGGUUGGCCCCUCCGGCGCCGGCAAGACCUUUACGCUGCGCACCACCGCCGCCCUUGCUGGGGCAAAGCUGGUAACCUUUUCCAUGACCGCGAGCUGCGACACAGUGGACUUGCUGGGUGGGUUCGAUCAGGUGGAGGGAAAGCAAGGCGAGUUUGAGUGGCGUGACUCUCUCGUGCUGGAGGCGAUGUUGCAGGGACACUGGCUCGUCUUGGAUAACGUGAACUACUGCAACGCGAGCGUGCUGGAUCGACUUAACCCACUCGUUGAGCCGAAUGGUGUGCUCUGUGUGAAUGAGCAGGGUAUCGUGAACAAUGAGGUGCGUGUGAUUCGGCCGCACCCUCGCUUCCGUCUCUUUGCCACGCUGAAUCCGCGCUACGGCGAGAUCUCGCGUGCCAUGCGCAACCGCGCCGUUGAGCUGUACGUGGCACCGGUGGCAAUCCCAUCUGCGGAGAGCCUUGCCCUCAGCGCCAACGCAUCCGUCGCGGCACAGGAGCGGCACGUAUCGUCGCAAGAUGUCAAGGGCGCAGACAAAGCGACCCCUCCUAUGACAUCACUGAGCCCACCUCCAGUGUGCUUGCUCUCCCGUUUGCUGCGGUACCACCACACGUUUGUUGAUGUUGGCUUCCAUGCUGACUCCCAACACACCAGGUCUGGGCAGCUCAGCGACGCACUGUCUGCCGGGGCACCAAGUGUGUUCACGCUGCUGCGGACGAGCUCCCUGCUACGACCCACCAGCCUUGCUGGCGACUUGGAGAGGUUGAUUCUGUACCGCUACAUCCACAACCGCAGUGGACACUGGACUGGUUUCAAGCCGAAGCUGCUCGAGUUGCUACGCCGCAUGAUGGACGGCGACACCGACGAGGACAACACUGCGUAUUGUGCUGACGAAGCGGUGGAGGUGCUGGGCGCACUGCGGCUGGGUGGCUGGGGUGAUGAGAUGUUUGACACGGCUGCUGAUGCCUCCGAGGAUGAGGAGGCCGCCGCCGCCAGCGACCCAGUGGCGAAGGCUCUUGUAUGCCGCCGCGUUGGCCGUGCUGCUCUUGCGCUGCAGCGGCUUCUUAUGGAGUUGGCUAGCGGGACCGAGAGUGGCAUGAGGGACGCCGCGGAAUCAGGAAUACAGGAGGAGAAACAGCAGCGCACCCUCGCCAAUCGUCACCGACUGGGGGACUUGGUGCUGUGUUUCGUCCUGGAGCAGUGCAAUGACAGCAUUCCUCUCCACGCAGUCACAGAGACCCGUCGGUUGUGGAUAAGUCGCCGCCUCCCAGCUGAACUUGCCCAGCGCGCUCUAUCGGUGGUGAGGACGGACUUUUGCUCGCCAGCGAUGCUCGCGGGGCUGUUCACACGUGCUGUCCUUCUAUUUGGUCCUCACGCGGAUGUGCUUGCGGCGCUUUGGGGCUCGCGGAUGCAGGUGGUCAGCUCCACCCUAGUGAACAACUCCCUGGUGCAUCUGUGCGGCGUACUGCAGGCGGCAUUUGCAAACCACAGUGAGAGUGCUGUGCCACCCGUGACGUUUCAGCAGCUUCUUCGCCUCGCAGCCCCGUUUGCGCGACUCGUGGUCCAGCAUGCCAACGAGGAGUACGGUGUGCAUACCGACAACUACAUCCCCCUCGUCACCUACACGGUGCUGGUGUGCAAGGCUGCCGAGAAGAUGAAUCCACCGAUGCCUCACGCCAUGGCGCUGGUUAAGGCCGGCAAAACCUUUCUGGACUCGCUUCAGCAGCACCUCGAUCUCCCCUUCCCGCUACUGGGCGGCAAAGCCCCGCUGCACCGCUAUGCGCCCACUCCCCAUAUUACGACGACAGAGGAGCGACAGCUGCUGCAGGCGUGGAAUACGGCCGCGAGUGCGGCAUCCGCUGCGAAGACUUCAGGUGACCCAGUUGCAGGACCAACAGCCGAAUCGAUCUCAGUGGUCGAGUCGAAGGCACUACUUCACCGCCUCUGGGAGUCUGCAGCAUUCCGCGAAGGCUUUGCAUGUCUUCAGCAACUCUUGUACCUUCGCACCACAACAGCCACAUACGCCAGCGUGGCAGCGGAGACUCCUGUGCAUUCCGUACAUCACCUUCUCCCUGCACUGCAGACUCGGAUGGUCACCUUCGCUGACACGUACACAACCCGUUUGCCGUUCUUUGCGGACCUUGAGCUGGCCCUCUGGCGCGGCGUGCACCGGCUAUUUACCACCAAACCGGCAGAUACGACGGAGGUCCUGGCGGAGCUGACGCCGUUGCUCGUGAGUCGCUUUGCCAGUCGCCACGGCGUCGCCGGCACGCGUCACCUCUUUGCCGGUGCGUGGGCGGUGGCCGCGGCGGAGUGCGUGCGCUAUGGUGCGCAGGUGCCUGUCAUCGACAUCGGCCGCACCGAUAACUCACGUCUGCAAGCGCUGGCUGGCCUCACCACGUUUCUGCAGGUCUGUCCUUUAGCGGCUGCCUCACCGCUGGAGGAGUGGGCGACCAACUCGCAACGGGAGUUGGUGGGAGUGCUGUGCGCCUGCUUCCAAGGCUUUGCUUCCUGCGUGCCGACUCCGCUGCCGCCAUCCCAUACCUCUGCCGCGACCUUCACUCGACUCUCCGUAUUUAGCCAGGCGGAGACGGCCAUUGCAUCCGCUGCACCGAUGCCGUCUUUGGUGCUUGAGAGGCAGAAGACGCUGAUGGUCUCUCUUCUGCGCCGACUCCGAAGCAGUGAAUGCGACGGUGCAGACAUGCUUUCUGCCGUAACGCUUCUCUGGGUCCUCAAGUGCCGCCUACUGCUGCCGCAGUCCCCGGUGGAUCCGAUGUAUCGGCGAGAGUGCAAGCGAAUGGUGGCCACUGAGGAGCUGGAGCUUCUCGACCGGCUUGAUGGAGCGUUUGCCUGGGCCGAGAAGCUUGCGCUCCGGCACCAUAGUUCCCAGCGUGAGAUGCUGUUGGCGCUGCGUGCACAGGAGAAGGAGCUUCUGCGGCAGGCAGAGCGCAAGUAUGUCACUCGCCCAGAUUCCACUGGGAUGAAGUAUGCCACCUUGAUCCGGCAGCUGUACCAGAUGAGCACCACACUACUCUCCGACGCGCGUGUGCUCGGUUUGUUUGAGAUGCCACCGGUGUCUGCCGGUGGCUUGGAUGCGGCUGCUGCCGCGGAGAUCAUUGCCAGCCGGGAGAUGUGGAGUGACCUGCUUUACGAGCAGGUGAUGCAGCUACUAGCCGAGUACGGUGGCUACGAAGACGUGACAGUGAACUUUGCCGAGGCGGCGCUGCUCGCUUCUAUGGCUGCGCGGGCUAGCUGUGCCACGGAUUUCCGUCUGCUCGCUGCCGCCGCCUCGGCCGACUCUUCGGCGCUAUCACGCACUCUCUUCAGCCGUGCCGACACGCUGCGAUUGUUGCAGUUUCCAUCUCCCCUGGUGCACACGUUGCCGAUGCCCCCACUGCAGCACACCUCAUCCCUGCUGCGCCACCGCGUCACCUACCUGGACUCGUGCCUCUCUCUGCUCUCCGGCACUGCCCCGCAGGGGACGAGCUGCCACUUUAUCGAGGACGUCUUCGCCCAGUACCGCUCCCUGUUCCGCCAGAUCAAGGAGUGGGAGGCACAGGAGCGCCAGGCCGACCAGCUCGCAGUGAUGUACAAAGAGAAGGCCACCGUGAUUGAGGGCGACGAUGAGAAGCUGAUGCGCAAGCUGAAGGAGUUAUUUCCGAGCUACGAGGCUGAGUUCAGCAUCGACGCGCUCGAGGACGACGCGGCAGAGAAGUCGGAGAGUAAAAAGACGGAGGAGCAGCUGGAGGGGCGCCGCGCCAAGUUUGCCCGCAUCCUCUUCAAGGAGCGGAAUGGCUUCUACCUACGCCACCUCGUCGAGGUGCACCGAACCUUCUACUGGCGCCUUAUUUCUUGCCGCUUGGAGGAGGCAGCGACGGGCUCCAGUGAAUGCAGCGCAGCAUUGCCUCAGUCCACCGAGCUGCUUGACGCGUUUCAGCGCCGCUUUGAUGCUCUCUCCGCGGAGCUACAUACCUUUCCGGUGUCAAGCGGCAGCACAUCCGGGGCUGAGGGAGUGGAGGAACAGCUUCUUCUGAAUGGCUUUGCGGCUCGUGUCUCACUACUGAGCGCGGAGAUGCGGGGCGCAGCCGUCUCGCUGGAGGAACGGAAGGAGGCUGGCUUCAACAUUUUCCUCGACACGGACGUGUACGAGCUGAGUCGUUUCAGCAUCCCUCUGCAGACGUUGCUCGAUGCCGUGCAGCGACUUGCCGAGCAGUACCCUGACACACCGUCGUUGCAGCGGUGCCUGCGCAUCGGCCACAGGAUUGCUGCACUUCCGGCGAUGAGUACCCCACUGAUGAAGGUGAUGGCAGGUUGCGAGGUGCUGCUGCGGGAGUGCUACGAAUGGGAGCGCAACGCGUCGCACGAGGUCUCGCUGAUGAGCCACAUGAAAGAACUUUCUUCCUUUGUGCUGCGCUGGCGUCGGCUGGAGCUGCAUUGCUGGGCACACGUUUUUCAGGCAAAGCGCACUGAGCUGGAGCUCCAGGCAGCGCAGCAGUGGUUUACGCUCUACGACCUUCUGCUCGGUGAAGCAGCGGCGUCCGAGUCAGAUGGAGAAGACAGCGACACAGUAGCUACGUUGGGCGCCGAGACGCCGAUGCUACGACGCUGCCGCGCUUCCUUUCAGCAUGCCUCGAAGUUCAUGUGGGAUGCGACCUUUGGCGACUUCAGUGUGCGACUCCGCCUCCUACAGGGAUUUGGGUUUCAGCUCCUCGUGGCAGAGAGGGCGCCCGCUCCGCUGGCUAAUACGGUGCUGCACAUCUGCGACUUCUUUGCCCAAUUUGAGCCGCUCGUCCAGCAGCAACGAGACAAGGCUGUGCAGUCGAUCGAGGAGGACAUUGCGGAGUUUGCCAAAAUUAUGCGCUGGGAAGACGCCAACUACUACGCCGUGCGCGCCACUGCUGAGAAGUCGCAUAUGAAGAUGGCGCGCGUGCUCGGCACCCUGGAAGAGGCACUGCGAACCCCAGUCCUUGCAGUCAUCACGGCUGAGGAGCAACGGUGCGAGGACGAUGCUUCCCUUGGUUUUACUCUGCCGGUAAAGGUGGACUCCAAGUCCAAGAAGGCAAAGAGAGCAAGCAAGCCGGCGGAGACUGCUGGCAAGAGUGCGAAGCAGGGCAGCAAGCGGAAACGCAACGGCAAAGCUGUCUCUGCCGCAACACAUGACCCAGCCAUAGAGGCAGUUGCCACGGCGGAGGAUCCACCGCUCCAGUUGCUUAGCGGAAACGUGUACCUCGACCGGGCCCACGCUUUCUUGCGAGACGCCGCUCACGAGGUGAUCGAGAACGUGACGGCCCUCCAGCAGCCCAAGACACCAAAUCAAAUGAAGGUGCGGGCCCUCAAGACACUCUUCGACCGACUCUCUGAGGCCGGCGUACCGCACACGCACGAGAACCAAGUCGGCUCCUGGGAGGUCCUGUUCUCCACAACUGUGGCGCUGCUGGGGUGUCGUGAGACGUACCGCGACCAGACAGCCGCAGUUGCCCGUCUCAGCGUCGCUGCGGCGGAGCAGUAUCGGUUUGCUCGCUGGCUGCAGCGGCUGCGCGAGGUGGAGAGGAAGCCGCACCACGAUCUUUCUGCAGCCCAGGCGAAGCGAGGAACCGGCAUAGUCGAGAGCCUCUUCGCGAAUGCCGUGCACGUGGCAGCCACGCUGUGCGAGCUAUUUCACCUACAUGAGCAGCUGAUCGUGCUGGAUAUCGUCGUGCAGCACAGCACUUUGUCCUCGGACGACGACGCCGAUGGAGGUGCCGUGAGCCACGCUGUGUCGCGCGUUCUCCUCGAUGACGCUCUCGAGGUUGGUUGCCUUCUUCAGUCCGUGUGCAGUGGCCUGGUAUGGAUGAUGCAGCAGCCGCAUAUGUUCGCUGAGAACACCUCAGAGGCUCGUGGACUAGUGCACGAGCUGGCGGCUAUCUCGAAUGAGCUGUGGGCUAUUUGCGCCUCGCAGGAGCCGCUGCGCCGCUCCACCACGUCUGCAGUGCCGCCUGGCAUUUCCACGUCCUACUUCGACGUGCUGCACCGCGCGCUGGGUGUGGUGUGCCGCAUCCAGGUGUGUGGUGUCGCCCACAUUGCUGCUGCUGCGAAGCCUCUCGUCGACGCCCUGACUGAUGUUCUCUCGCGCCAUGAGCAACCCCCGACGCAGAAGGACGAACGGCUCCCCACAGAGGCAAAGCGGCGUCGCACCGAGCAGUUGCCUAAGCCUUGGGCUCAACGACUGCGCCACACUAUCGAGGAAGUGAGCGAUGCUCUCGUCAGCUGUGGUGAGGGUGAGGGCGUGGCGCUCGAGGAAGAUGUGCGGACGCCAUCGAUGACGACCGCGAUAAACGCAGAGGCGAAGGCGUGCGGACACAGCGACUCCGAUUCUGACGCCGGUACGCCGCAGCGUGAGUCAGCUGUCUACGCUCGCUACACCUUACAUAGCGCGGUGGUUCACGAGACAUUGCAGAGGCUCAUGCCAGUACUCGAUGAUCUCCUCACCUCGCCUGCCAACUCUGAGGGUGUGACAACCGCGGUCGGUGUAAAGAGGCCGGCGGCGCUGAACGUGUGUACACUUGCCGUGGGCGAGAGGGCGGAGCUGCUGCAACUGCUUUGUGCGUGUCGCGGUGCGGUGCAGCGCGCGCGCGCUGCGUGGGCGGCUGUGCUGGAGGCGCAGUGCUCCUUUGGCGUUGUCGUCGCACGACUUUUCACAGUGCUCCUCAAGAAGGGCUUCUGCAAGACCGAGGACGAGGAACCAGAGGACGGCGAGGGCGAGGGCGAGGGCGGCCAACAGCAGAACGGCACUGGUAUGGACGAUGGUGAAGGUGACAAGGACGUCACGGACCAGAUCGAAAACGAGGACCAGCUCAUGAGCAUGAAAGAUAAGGAGGAGCAUUCAGAGGAGGAGCAGCAGCAAGGCGAGAAGGAUGAGGGCGAGGAGGACAAAGCAGCGGAUGUGGAGACGGACUUCAACGGGCAGAAGGGGCAACGUAGCGAGAGCGACGGCGAGGAUGACGAGGAAGGUGGAGAGUCGGAGAGAGAAAUGGGUGACGUCGAUGACAGCACGGAACAGGAGCGCAAAAAGUCGAAGAAGGACGCUGGCGACAGGGAUGACCUGAGCGAGGAUGCCGGCGACGUAGCCGAGGAGGUGCCGGAGGACGACCUUGCGGAAGGCGACGAGCACCGCGAGGACGACGAAGAGACCGGCGGCUUCGGCGACAAGGCGGAUGAAAUUCGUGACGCCGAUGAGGAUCGUUCCUGCGAGCAUGACGUGGUCGGAGACGACACCAAAGGUGAGGUGGACGAGGAUGGCAGCAGCGGCGGCGACUCGGUCGAGCAUAGCGAUUCCGAGGGCGACGAGCGCGAGGAGAGCGCGCGGGAUGAUAAGCUUUCCAGCGAUGCGGACGCGGAGGCGGAGGAGAGCGACGCCGCCUCUGAGGAUCACGUUGACAGUGACGCUGCAACCGACGCCGAGCGCAGCGAUUUUGGCGAGGAGGAAGUGGAGCAGCAGAACGACGGCGACGGCGCGGGUGAGGUAUCUGACGUGGAGGACGCCAGCGAUGGGCCCGACGAGAACGUGUACGAGGGUGGUCAGCAGGAUGAUCAGGAGGGCGACGAGGCCACAGAGAACCUGGAAAAAGACAAGAAGAAGGAUACAUCCGCCAAGGUUCGAAAGGAGCAGGCCACCAAUGAGGAGGAGCAGCCAGGCACCAAGCAGGAGCAGGACGACGCAGGGCAGAACUGGAAGAAGCAACAGGAUCAGAACGAGCAGGCGCAGCGCCACGACAACACGGAGCAGACCCGCUCCCAGCACAAUCCGUAUCAUGCCGUCAAGGAGGCGCUGCAGCGGCAUCAGCGUCAGAUGCAGCAGCUCAACCUCAACCAGCACGUGGAGGUGACGGAUGAGCAGGACGAUCCCAAAAUGGAGAAGCGACCGAAACUGGAUCAGGUGGAGGGGCAGGAGGACAUGGAAGAAUUCGAUUGGGACGAAGACGGCGACCACGAGGGCCUAGCUGCUGCUGAGCAGACCGAGGCAAAGCCGACGGAAGCAGAUGCGGGUGAGAGAGAGGAGAGCCACAGUGACGUGAGUGGUGACGAGGAUGAGUCCGCUGACACUCCGCAAGAUACGCGCCGCAAGCGUCGCCAGAACAAAGAGGAGCUCGCCGAACUGGAGGAGAAGACGGCGGCGGGGACAGAAUCCAAGAAGAGAUCCAAUAAGAAGGUGCGUACGACUGUCCCCACUGAGGACAUGAGUGCGCCAGAGGACGAGGAGAACGACGACUGCACCAAGCAGGAUGACCAAACUGCUGCGGCAGAAGCGAACGCGAAGCUUGAGCGUGGCCGGCAGAUGUGGCUGGAGCAAGAGACUGCGGUGCAGGGCCUCUCUCAGCAGUUAUGUGAGCAGCUCCGCCUCAUCCUCGCUCCGACGCUCGCUGAUAAGCUCCAGGGAGACUACAAGACCGGCAAGCGGCUCAACAUGAAGCGCGUUAUUCCGUACAUCGCUUCUCAGUUCAAAAAAGAUCGUAUCUGGCUGCGUCGCACAAAGCCGAACAAGCGCACAUACCAAAUACUGUUGGCUCUUGACGACUCGCUGAGUAUGCAGUGCAACAACGCUGGUGUGCUAUCCUGCCGUGCAGUGGCCCUCAUUGCCAAGGCUCUGCAGCAGCUAGAGGUGGGCGAGUUCGGAGUCGCGUGCUUCGGCAAGGAGACUCACGUGGUGCACCCGCUGGAGGAGCCGUUCCUUGCAGACAGCGGCCCGCGCCUCUUCAGCGAGAUUACGUUUGAGCAGAAGUCUACCGACAUGAAGCUAUUGUUAGAGACCACGCUUGGCUACCUCGACGACGCUCGAGACCGCAUGCGCGGCCAGACCCGCUCUACAACACAGCAGCUGCAGCAGAUUAUGCUCAUCAUUGGUGACGGUCAGAUCACGGAGAACCGCGCCGACUUGCGCCAGCUGAUGGUGCGGGCUGAGGAGAACCACCAGAUGGUUGUGUUCGUGCUGCUGGACAUCAGAGCAACUGAGGGGGACGCCGCUAUGCCCGGUGCUGGACCCUCUGCCGCCCCCGUCGUAGCCGCACCACUCACAGCAAAGUCGUUGCAGGGCCUUUCCACUGCGGAGCGCAUGCGCCGCCUCAAGGCAGAUCGUGAGGCGCGACUGCAGCGUGUCCAGUCGAACUCGAUACUGGACAUGCAGAUUGUUGAGUUCCAAGCUGGACGCGUGGUGCGCCGUCCGUACAUGGAGGACUUUCCUUUUCCUUACUACCUUAUCAUCCGCGACAUUCAGAGUUUGCCGGAGAUCAUCGCGGACGCCAUGCGGCAGUGGUUCGAACUGCUCAAUGCCGGCACAUAG